AACUCUAAAACAUAACAGAGAGAGAGAGAGAGAUACGAUUAAAACAGCAAAAAAAUCCAAACUUUCUCAAAAUCUACUUCUUCUAAAUCAAACCCAUUUCUUGAAACUCGAUUUCGAACAAACCCAUUUUAUUGUUUUCUCCAAAAAGACUUCAUUCACUUUUGUCAUAAUCUGAUCAAACCAAACCAAACAAUGAAGAGAGUUAGAGGUUUCAAAAUUGGACACAGAUUUGUCAAAAUCUUCAAAUGGAUGAUUCUACCAAGAAGAAUCCAAUCAGGGAAACGUCAAUGCCCGACCCGAAUCACUAACCCGGUUUCCGGAAUCAAGUCAUUAGCAAGGUGCUUAAGCCGUGGAGCUAAGAGAUUGUGUGGUGGUAAGAAGAAUCCGGGUCAGAGUCAGAUCCGAUUGGGUAAGGAUCCGAAAACGUCGAACCGGGUUGUUCCGAGAGGACAUUUGGUGGUUCACGUCGGCGAAUCAGACGAUGACACGCGGCGUGUCGUGGUUCCGGUGAUUUACUUUAAUCAUCCAUUGUUCGGAGAGUUGUUGGAGCAAGCGGAACGGGUUCAUGGGUUUGAUCAACCGGGUCGGAUCACGAUUCCGUGUCGGGUUUCGGAUUUUGAGAAGGUUCAGAUGAGGAUUGCCGCAUGGGAUCAUUGCCGCCGGAAGAGAGUUUUUUAAGAGGAA